AGCAUUAUUUUCUAUUAACGAAUACCACCUUAAAAAUUAGUUAAUUUGAGAGACUAAUUUGAGAAAGCAUGGAGUAAUUAAUAAAAAAAAAAUUAUGGACGAAACCUCAAGGGUCCGGGCAAAAAAAGAAAUGCUCCGUAACAAACAUCUAACAAAUGGCGCUUCAAUUCUGAUACUUCCCAUUUCCCGCUCUUCAGCUACUGACUAAAGGCUUUCCACUGAAACCAAUCCACCAAAUAAUCAAACACGAAACGAAAAAGUGGAAUCGAAAUCGUAAAAUUGAGAAAUGAAAUUCAAAAGGCAUCUGUUUCUGGUGUCUCUGAUCGUCGUUCUGAUCAUCUGCUUGAAGAAUCAGAACGCCGAAACCAACUGGAAUCCUUCUUCUCAUCCUUCGAGUUUCCAGACAUUGGAGUCGUCGUCGUCGUCUCAAUUGGAUGAACAGUCGUUCCCGACUUCUCCGUUCACGUUUAGGGACAGCAAGAUUGAAGCUCCUACGCAUUUCGAGAGCCUCAGAUACGAUUACUACCGCGAAACAUGCCCUCAGGCGGAGCAGAUUGUUCGAUCUACAGUGAGGAACCUCUACAACACGCGUCCUAGCAUUGCUCCCCAGCUUUUGCGCCUCGUUUUUCAUGACUGCUUUGUUCAGGGGUGUGAUGCCUCAGUUCUACUAGACCCGGCUAAUGGAAUCGAGAGUGAGAAAGCGGCAAUUCCCAAUUUGCUCUUAAAGGGUGAUGAUGUUAUUGAUAUAAUCAAAUCCGAGCUUGAAGAAGUCUGCCCAUUAGUUGUUUCUUGUGCGGAUAUUAUUGUUCUGGCUGCAAGAGAGAGUGUUAUUCUGGUUGGUGGUCCAUUCUACCCAUUGACUACUGGAAGAAAGGACAGUACCGUUGCUUACCUUCAAAUUGCCAAUCAACUUCCAGCACCCACAGAUGACAUUCCCAAGAUACUUAGCAAGUUCUCGUCAAAAGGUUUCAAAGAAUGGGAGGUGGUCAGUCUCUUAGGGAGCCACAGCACAGGCGUGAUUCAUUGUCAUUUCUUCAGUGACCGCCUUGGGGGAACUAAGGAGCCUGACCCUUCUCUCGACUCGGAAUUUCUCAACCAGUUAAGGUCAAAAUGCAAUGCCAGCCAAACGGCACCUUCACCGUCACAUGAGGAUCCAGCAAUAACGAUGGAUUACAAGGGACCCAGAAAUGGUUUUGGCACCAUAUACUACCAAAGCCUCCUGCAAGGGAAGGGGAUACUGUUUUCGGAUCAGCAACUGACCGAAGCAGAAGAAACUGCAGAAUGGGUGGAAGCAUAUGCUUCGGAUACUAAAUUGUUCCGCCUGAAGUUUUGCCGUUCAAUGAUGAAGCUCUCCACUAUUGGAGUCUUGAAUGCAACUCAGGGGAUGGUUCGCCUGAAUUGCAGAAGGGUUGCCUGAAAGAUGUUGAUGAUGAGAAGUUUGGUUCUUCUUCCUAUAGUUGUGCAUUGAUUGAACGCUUCCUACUUGUUGAUAAUAUUACAUUUCCAAAAAAAUCUCAUUUCUCACCAUUCUCUAUGAUCAUUUCUUGAUCUCCAUGAAUGUGAUGAACUACAUUCAAGACCCUACUCUCGUGGAAUCGAACUGCAUUUACAAUACCAGCAAAAAUCUAAUCUAAUAAAAUUGAAUGUAUAUU